AUUGAGGAAGUGGGGGGACGGGAGGGCUCCACGGAAUAGACGGUUUAUAUAGGACGCGCGGACGCAGAUGAAACCAGUUACUUUCUAGAAGUAAACAAAGAAGCUUCUCCUAGAGGACAAUUUAGCACCAACCUCGGCUAAGGCCAAACAAUGGAUACGUUAAAUAUAAAACCGUUAAGUGAGGAACAGUGGUCUCCAGAUUCGCCGAAGGGCGUGGAGGCCACUGGGCUCGUUGGACCUGACGUCCAGGGGCCCGAUGCCAUGGCAUCGACAUCGAGCGAGGAGCGCGCCAUACGCCGCGUUAUGGGCCGCUGGGGAGCCGAGUGGUUGAGCUGACUCGGCUCAGGAGCCCAGAAGCCUGUCGCGCCGGCCUGGCCGGCCGACCACCCCCUACCGCCGCCGCGGUGGGGGGCCCCCCGCCCGGCUUUGCACCUAUCCCUACAGCAGUAUGAGGACCUGGUAGCCAAAGCCGAGGUGCUGUUGAGCCGUCUCGUCGUCUCAGAAAAUUAUGACUCCAUCAACAACUUCUUGACCCUAUAUGACUCCUAUAUGUCAGCCCCAGAUGAGUCACUGAAGGAAUUUUUCCCAAAAUACAAACCACCGAUCAGACCUCGCAAGAACACGUGUGUCGGUCUGGGUAUGGAGGUGAUGAAAAAACUCAAGGUUUUGGAGAAGGAUUUCCCUGGUAUAACCAAGUCGAUGAUGCUCGUGUCUUGUGAUGAAAACAUCCAAGAUCUGGUGGACUACGCGACCUCAAGCCCCGGGCCUCAAGGGUUCUUGAUCGAGACUGAGAAGGACCAUGUGAUGGUAGCGAUCCACAUCAAGAUCGGGGGAAGACAUGGUGUAUUUCUAUCGGACCUGGGCUACCACAUCUCCCGGGUGGUCACAGUGAUGGAUGACCGGUGUUACCCUCAUACAGGUUGGUUCAUCCAAAGCGACCAGCCUCAUUGCCGCAAAGAGUACAACUAUCAGUUAAACCUUCAAAACACCAACUAUAUAGAAUGGCACGAGAGAGAAACCAGAGGAUCCAAUGUAAAGGAACGUCUGUCGCUGAUCUACGUCGCCAGGGCUUACCUGACGGCUGUCUCUGUCACAGAGAAGAGGAACCUUGUCUGGGAUUUGAGGAGUUUACUCGCCAGGGACCCGAAGGGCAACCUGACCGCCGGUAUCUACUUCCCUCUGAAGUCCAAAACGACAGAGUUCACCAUGUUCUUCGACAGUAACAGCGGCAAACAGAGAAAGAAAUUGAAAUUUGAAACUUUCUUGGAAUUGCAAAAGAUACCAGACGAGGUUGUAGACGAAGUGGAACAGUGUAACGACCAGCUCCGUCUAAGAGAUGGCGAGCUUCUCUCCAUCCUGCAGCGGCUCGCCACGAUCAUAGCUGAUGACGAGUACAUGGCUGAGCUUCUAGAAGUCAACAACAAAAUCGUCCAACUGUCCGCUGGUACAUAAAGUGAACUCGGCAAAAACCUUGGAAUCCGGAUUUAGUUUAAUCCCAUUAUAAAAAUGUCAAGCGUCUAAUAAAUCUAGUUCGGCUAUUGAAAUGUUUUGCCCUUUUGAUUCGCGCUAAAUUCCCUUAUUCAUAAAAACUGAAACCUACUACAAAUCUAAUAACUAUUACAUUGUUUUCUCACUUUCAUUCAUAUUGAAAAUUUAUCACAAAAGAAAGAGACAAAACAGUUUAAUAGCAAAAAAAUGUUUACGAGAGAUUUAACGUUUCUUAUGAAUAAGAGGGUAAUGUAAGAAAGUAACAGAACAGUAAUAGUUGAAUUGGAUUUGUGUAAAGUUUUUAGUUUUUAUGAAUAAUAUGCAAAUAUUAACUUUUAGACUUUCGUGUUACAUUUUACAUGGUUUAUUAUGAAUCAUAAUGGAAAGAUGUUUAAAAUUGUUUUAAUAUCUAUAAUUCAUCCUUAUUCAGUUUUUUUCUUUUUCUUGUUACUAGCGUGAUUUGUCUCUUACGACAUCUUGAGGCAAAAAAUUUACCGUAUUUCAUUUUUUUUAUUCAAGCAUUAGUAUAUUAUAAUGACUUUUUCAUCUAUUUCAUUGGUUUGUAUCAAUUUAGUUUAUUUUUUCUAACUAUAUACAUAUAAGUUCAUAUAACUAAUGGAAAUAUCAAGUAUCUAGCAUUGUGUUUUAAGAUGUAUACUUAUUCAUCAGGGUAUUUGUAGUUAGUAACGUUUUUUUACCUAUUUUAGUUUUUUAUUACUUUUUUCAUUAGUUUCAUGUACGUAUUUGUUACGUAAACUGUUCAUGUAGAGACCAUUUAUUAUUUAAGUGGAUUUAUACUUUAUUUUUUUUUUUUUAUAUUAACAUUCUAAAUCUGAGACAAGGCGAGACAAAAGUUCUAUUGGGGAAAUAAAUAUAAAGACAAUAUA